AUGCCCGCAACACCACCGCCACCACCGCCGCCUCCAAUCAAGGACACUGCACCAAUCGCUCCUCCACCACCUCCGCCUCCAGAAACCCAAGAUGCAUCAACACCAACACCAACACUCCCUCCACCACCGCCACCAGCAAGCGCCUCUCGACCUCAAGAUCCCACCGCGUCCAGUCCUCCACAACCAGUAUCGAACUCGAUCUCAGAACAAGCCGAUCAGCCGGCUCCCAGGCCACGCAGGAAACGUCGCUUCUCGCCCUCUGCGCAGGACCCCGUUCCCGUCCAAGCACCCACACCUGCUGCUCCUACUCCUUCAUCACAGAUACACCAGUCGUCUAAUACCACCACCACCACUGCAUCCUCUACAAAUUCGUCGUCGACAAGAUCAAAACUAUUGACAGCAAACGAGUGGGAAAAGACCGCCUUUGUCGGUGACGCCAGCGGCGAGAAGCGCAUGAAGUUCCUAAGACUAAGAAAGUCGACAAAGAUUGAAGCAAAGCCCGAGAACGCAGAAGAUGCCUCCCUCGAAGCAUCAAGACGACUGAAGCAAUCAUACGACAUGGAGCGGCAAUAUGAGCAAGGUCGGAAAGGCCAACAUCGCUUCAAAUAA